CGUCACUCGAGCUCUGAAAAUGGCUGAGUCGGAAGAGGAGGUGGAUGUCUUGGUCCAGAGAGUUGUGAAAGAUAUCACUAACGCCUUUAAAAGAAACCCGAACAUUGAUGAAAUUGGCCUCAUUCCGUGUCCUGAAGCCCGGUACAACAGAAGCCCCAUCGUCCUGGUGGAGAAUAAGCUGGGAGUGGAGAGCUGGUGUGUCAAGUUUCUGCUGCCUUAUGUGCAUAAUAAACUCCUGCUCUACAGGCAGAGAAAGCAGUGGCUCGACCGGGAAGCUCUGGUGGAUAUAACCAGCACAUUGCUUCUGUUGAAUCCAGAUUUUACCACUGCGUGGAAUGUCAGGAAGGAACUCUUGCAGUGUGGUGUGUUAAACCCAGAAAAGGACCUUUACCUGGGCAAGCUCGCACUAUCUAAACAUCCUAAAAGCCCAGAGACAUGGAUACACAGGCGCUGGGUGUUGCAGAGGCUGCAGAAGGAAUGCUCUCCCUCAGGACAGGAGCUGAAGGAUUCGGCUGAGAGCAGGAGGCAGUGCGAGCGGCUGCAGAGGGCCUUGCAGGAGGAGAUGAGAGUCUGUGCAGAAGCAGCUGGCCGAUACCCCAGCAACUACAAUGCCUGGUCCCAUCGGAUCUGGGUAUUGCAAAACAUGGCUAAAGGCAAUCUGAAGGUUCUGCAUGAUGAGCUGUCCUCCACUCGCCUCUGGGUGUCCAUGCACGUGUCAGAUCACAGCGGCUUCCACUACCGUCAGCAUCUGCUCAAGGCCUUGGCCAAAGAGCUGAGCCCGGCUGCAGAGAAGGAUGUCCACACCAGCCAGCAGCCCAACGGAGAGAACACGGCGACUGCAUCUGAUGACAAUCACCACAAAGACGUCAUGCCUCGGCUCUUCCAUGAGGAGAUCCAACUCUGCACCGAUCUCAUCGAGUCUUAUCCAGGUCACGAGACGCUGUGGUGCCACAGGCGGCAUGUUUUCUACCUGUGGCACCAGUGGAGGAGGGAGCACAUGCAGGGAGCAGGAUCACAAUCUCCAGCUCUCACCCACACCGAUGUCCUCCUCAGCAAAGAGCUCUGUGACAACAACAGCAUCUCCCAGGCAAUGGACAUUGACUGUGUACUGGACGGAAGCAAACAUGGAAGCUACACCCAGGACACCAAGCGACUGAAGCGGGGCCCUCUGCUUCUCCAGCCAGGAUUUCCCUCAGAGCACACAUUCAUCUCUAGAAUCCUCACAGGCUGUCGAAACCCUGAGCAAAGCCGCUUUGCCAUUGCCUACAGAAAGUGGCUGGACUCUGUAAUAGGUCAGUAG